AAACAAUCAAAGGUCAAUCUGCGUCGCGUUAACUACACAAUGUGAUUUGGCUUACAAAAUGUUCAACAAAGUGUUUCAACGCGCGCUCAAGUUCCGAUUGAAGAAAAGCUACCCGACAAACAUCUAUGAUUUGAAUCGAGGUGCCGCGAUAGCAGUACGCCGACCAUAUAGCGAUGAAGUUAAAAAAGCGCAGGCUUCGAGCGUCGCGUCGCCUGGUCCUACGAUAUUCGACAAAAUAAUUUCAAAGGAAAUCAAGGCAGAUAUUAUAUACGAAGAUGAUUUUUGUCUCGCGUUCAACGGUAUAGCUCCGCAGGCGCCGAUUCAUUUUUUAGUGAUUCCGAAACGCAGAAUACCCAGGCUGCAAGACUGUGAAUCGACUGAUAAAGAGCUUCUCGGCCAUCUCAUGGUGGUAGCAAGAUCGCUAGGCGCAGAACGAGCUCCAGCAGGCUGGCGUCUAGUAAUAAACAACGGAAGACACGGAGCACAGUCUGUCUACCAUCUACACUUGCAUGUUCUCGGCGGCAGGCAAAUGGGCUGGCCACCGGGGUAAUUGACGAUUCGUGAAUGGCGACACUAAACUGUCAAAGUGACAGUUGAAAAAAAAUUGAAUCACUUUGUCUAUGGUAGCUGUCAAACUGAGUUUUUUUUCUAGUUAAAUUCGAAAUUUAUUUCAGUGUUGCCAAAUUUGAAAAUUGCAAAUUAUAAAACGUAAAGUUUUUUAAGACAUCGAUUAAGAAGUAAAUGUACUGUAUGCAUAAAAAAAAUUAAAAAUGUAUUUUCAUAAAAAAGUAAAAAUGCAGUUUUGGCGCGAAUUUUUUUACAAUGAUAAGGCUUUAGAAAAUAAACUCUACGUUCAUUGUGAAGAUAUUUUACAAUUUGUCUGUUUGUUAUCAGAUAGUAGCGAAUCUUUUGAUAAAAAGAUUUGAUGUACUAUGUGCAUUUGACUCAUAUAAGAAUAUAAGUAUGAGUAUAAUAUAAGAAUAUGUUUGAAUUUUAUCG